GCCGAGCCUGCAGAGCAGAUUCCUCCGAACCUGGACCAGAACCCGGCCCUGGACCAGACCCCGGACCCGGACCCGGACCCGGAACCACCAUGACCCACUUCAACCGCGGCCCCGCCUACGGCCUCUCUGCGGAGGUGAAGAGUAAGAUUGCUCAGAAGUACGACCUGCAGAAAGAGGAGGAGCUCCGGUUCUGGUUGGAGGAAAUAACCGGGAUGUCGAUCGGGGAGAAUUUCCAGAAAGGUCUGAAGGACGGAGUGAUUCUCUGCGAACUGGUGAAUAAACUGCAGCCCGGAUCAGUGAAGAAAAUCAACCACUCCCAGCUCAACUGGCACAAGCUGGAGAACCUGGGGAACUUCAUCAAGUCCAUCCUCUCCUUCGGGCUGAAACCCAGCGACAUCUUCGAGGCCAACGACCUGUUUGAGAACGGAAACAUGACGCAAGUGCAGACCACGCUGCUAGCGCUGGCUAGCAUGGCCAAGACCAAAGGUCUGGACACCAAGGUGGACAUCGGAGUGAAAUACGCAGAUAAACAAGCUCGACAUUUCAACCAGGAGAAGAUCAAAGCUGGACAGUGUGUGAUCGGACUGCAGAUGGGGACCAACAAGUGUGCCAGCCAGGCCGGCAUGACGGCCUACGGGACCAGGAGACACCUGUACGACCCCAAGACCCGGACCGACAAACCCUUCGACCAGACCACCAUCAGCCUGCAGAUGGGGACCAACAAGGGGGCCAGCCAGGCGGGCAUGUCGGCCCCCGGGACCCGCAGGGACAUCUACGACCAGAAGGUGGCGCAGCAGCCGCUGGACAGCUCCACCAUCUCCCUGCAGAUGGGAACCAACAAGGUGGCGUCGCAGCGCGGCAUGAGCGUGUACGGCCUGGGCCGGCAGGUGUACGACCCCAAGUACUGCCGGGGCCCGUCCGGGGGGGCCGGGGGGGGCGCCGCCCACGGCAACGGCAGCCCGGGCCCCGGCACCGACGCCACCAACGGGACCGACGGCACCGACGGAUCCGAGGCCAGCGACGGGGACUACCGGGCCGACUACCGGGCCGACUACCAGGAGGACGAGUUCCAGAGAGGGUUCCACAACGACUACAGCCCCGUCUACGACCAGAGCCCGGACUACUAGACCAGAACCCGGACUACUAGACCGGAACCUGGACUACUAGGACCCCCCACCCCCCCAGACCAGUAUUAAACCCCCAGAACCAGAACCUGCUGCCACCGCUAGUCAUUCCUCUUCUUCUUCAGCUCAAAUCUGGCAACGAGUCGUAGUAGAAACAACGCCCAACGGUGCCAACGCCCAACGGUGCCAACGCCCAACGGUGUCAACGCCCAACGGUGUCAACGCCCAACGGUGCCAACGCCCUACGGUGUCAACGCCCAACGGUGUCAACGCCCAACGGUGCCAACGCCCAACGGUGCCAACGCCCAACGGUGUCAACGCCCAACGGUGUCAACGCCCAACGGUGCCAACGCC